AUGUCUGCUCGCUUCUCUUGCUUUCCCCUGAUCCUUGUGGUCAUCUUGCUUUCGUGCCUCUGCCUUGAGUGCCGAGGCAUUGGCGAAGGUCUCGUCAACGGCGCUUUGUCUUCGAGUUAUGCGCCUCCAGCCUACCAGAUGGAGGCUAGCCCGAUGGGACCUUAUCAGACCGAGCACUACGCUCGACGCCUCAACGCUCGUCUUUCGGACCUCGGCUUGGAGCUGCCUCCGAGCGCCCAGGAGAAGGUCAUCUCGCAGAACCAAGUUCAUGACCUUGUCGAACCGAUUCGCAACCGGAUCAGCACCGAGGGUCAAGUCAAGCUUAUUUACCUCGAUCAGACGCCCCACGGUCGCAAGGUACAUGCUCUGCUGAUGAAGAACGCGCCCGCUGGCUCGCCCAACGUUGCGAUUCUGUCCACGCCCAAACGCUGGACAUCGCUCGACCAGAAAAUCCAGCUGCACACGUUUGCCCACAUCGACAACGUUCACCGCUCUGAUCUAUACAAUCGACUGGAGAGCGACUUCAACUACGUCGUCCUGGACUCGUUGGCUCGAAACGCGCUGCCGAACACGCCGGAACUGCAGUGGCGCAAGCUGAUGAGCCGGCCCCUUCGUUGA